CUCCAUCCCACCAUCCCUGAGAUCUUGACCUGAACAAGAAUGCAGGCUUAACUGAGCCACCCAGGUGCCCCAGGUUGGGAGUAUUUUUUGUAGCAGUUUUGGUGAAGACUUAAUGUUACUUCACUGAGUAUAAUGUUUUGUUUAAACCUACUUUUUAAUUUAAAAAUUUUUUGUGAACAUCAAGAGAGCUUUAAACUGUUAAAAAUCCCCAGGAAGCAAAUAUUUAGGUUUUCCCAGUGAAAACUUUUAUGCCCAGCAGCCAUUACAUGAUUAUGUCAGAGUCCUGUUAGACAGUUGUUCUUUGAGCAUCUGCUGUCCUUUCUGAAGGUCAGAGGAACUGACACGCUUCCUAUCUAUUGGGUUGUAUAGUUUUAUAGGGCAGGAGCAUUCAGGAGCCGCCAGGCAGGCCAGCUCUUUUAGGACCUCAUUCCUCCUGUAACUCAGCACAGCACCAGAGUUGUCUACACUUUUCCAAGACAGCAGAAAAUGAACAAAUCCCAGAUUGAACAGAAAUUCCAGGGGUCAGUAUCAUUUAAGGAUGUGACCGUGGGCUUCACCCAGGAGGAGUGGCAGUGCUUGGACUCAAGUCAGAGGUCCCUGUACAGGGACGUGAUGCUGGAGAACUACAGCCACCUUGUCUCAGUGGGGUCCUGUGCUACCAAACCAGAGGUGAUCUUCAGGCUGGAGCAAGGAGAGGAGCCAUGGAUAUCGGAGGAAGAAUUCCCAAGCCAGAGCCUCCCAGAAGUCUGGGAAACUGAUCACAAGAAAGGAAGGAGCCGAGAAAACCAGCAUAAACCUGUGAGGGAAGUUGCAUUCAUCAGUAAGAAAACGCUGACCAAGGAACGAGGUAAUGUAAUAGGAAAACCAUUAAACCUGGACACAAAUCCGUUUCCUUCCAGAGAAAGCUUCUGUCAGUGUGACUCAUAUGGAGUGAAUUUCAGCUGUAUUUCUGAAUUGUGUAUCUAUAUGAAAAACUAUUUAGGAAAAAAGACUGAUGAAUUUAAUGACUGUGGAAAACUACUACUCAGUAUUGAACACAAGAAAACUCCUACUAGCGAGAAAAGUGAAUUUUUUAAACAUGGGGAAACUUUCAGUCAGGAUGAGGACCCUGUUGAUCAUGAGAAGAUUCAAAGUGCAGAGCAAAAUUUUGAAUAUUACAUGUAUCAAGAAACCUUCCCAGAAAAGGCAACGUACAAGAGAGAGAUCACAGAAGAGAAUCACUCUGAAUGUAUUGAAUAUGGGAGAACCUUCUUUCCUAACUCCUCUUUCCUGUUACAUCACAUGAAUGCCUCCGAAGAGAAUCACUGUGGACUGCGUGGUUGUGGGAAAUCGUUAUGUGUGAAGUCUACCCUUUUGAAACCUCAUGGGGCACGUAUGAAACCCUCGGAGUGUAGUGAGAGUGGGGAUCAUUUCCGGGGGGAUUUAUGCCUUCCACAACUUCAGAAAACUCAUAAAGGAGAGAAACACUUUGAAUGCAAUGAAUGUGGGAAAGCGUUUUGGCAUAAGUCCCACCUCACUCGACAUCAGAGGAUACACACGGGAGAGAAACGCUUUCAGUGUGAUGAAUGUGGAAAAACUUUCUGGGAGAAGUCAGACCUCACGAAACAUCAGAGAUCACACACGGGGGAGAGGCCCUAUGUGUGCAACGAAUGUGGUAAAGCCUUCAGCCACAAGUCAGCCCUCACGAUACACCAGAGAAUACAUACAGGGGAGAAACCCUAUCAGUGUAGCGCAUGUGGGAAAACUUUUUACCAGAAGACAGACCUCACCAAACACCAAAGAACACACAUAGGGCUGAAACCCUAUGAAUGCUAUGAAUGUGGGAAAUCCUUUUGGAUCAAUUCACACCUUAUCCUACAUCAGAGAACUCAUACAGGGGAGAAACCAUUUGUAUGUCCUGACUGUGGGAAAUCUUUCUGUCGGAAGUCACAUCUUAUACAACAUCAGAGAACCCACAUAGGGGAUAAGCCCUACAAAUGUAAUGCAUGCGGGAAAACUUUCUACCACAAGUCAGUACUCACCAGGCAUCAGAUAAUUCAUACAGGGUCGAAACCUUAUGAACGUUGCAAAUGUGGGAAAACGUGUUUGAAGUCUGCCCUCACAGUGCAUCAGAGAAUUCACACAGGGGAGAAACCCUUUGUGUGUCCUGAAUGCGGGAAAUUCUUCAGCCAUAAAUCCACCCUCUCUCAACAUUACAGGAUACAUACAGGGGAGAAACCGUUUGAGUGUCAUGAAUGUGGAAAAAUCUUCUAUAGUAAAUCGUCCCUACAUAAACAUACUAGGAUACACACAGGGGAGAAACCCUACGGAUGUAAUGAAUGUGGGAAAAUGUUCUGCCAGAAGUCUCAGCUCACUCAGCACCAGAGAAUCCACAUAGGAGAGAAGCCCUAUGAGUGUAAUGAAUGUGGAAAGGCUUUCUGUUAUAAGUCAGCUCUAAUUGUGCACCAGAGAACUCAUAGAGAAGAAAAGCCCUUUAAAUGUAAUGAAUGUGGGAAGUCUUUCUGUGUCAAGUCAGGACUUACUUUACAUCAGAGAAAACACACAGGGGAGAAACCCUAUGAAUGUAAUGAAUGUGGAAGGUCUUUCUGUGAUAAGUCAGCUCUAAUUGUGCACCAGAGAACUCAUAGAGAAGAAAAGCCCUAUAAAUGUAAUGAAUGUGGGAAAUUUUUUUGUGUGAAGUCAGGACUUAUUUUACAUCAGAGAAAACACACAGGAGAGAAACCUUACACAUGUAAUGACUGUGGGAAAUCCUUCAGUCACAAAUCAUCCCUCACAGUGCAUUAUAGGGCUCACACAGGGGAGAAAUCUUGUCAGUGUAAUGAAUGUGGGAAAAUUUUUUACCGUAAAUCAAACCUUGUUAAUCAUCAGAGGUCACACACAGGCGAGAAGCCCUAUGAAUGUAACACAUGUGGAAAACCCUUCUCUCAGAAGUCAAACCUCAUUGUACAUCAGAGAACACACACGCAAGAGAAACCUUCGGAUUGCAGUGGGUCUUAGGAAUGUUGAGGUGUGGUUCAGCAGUCACUACACUUCAGAGAACUCACGUAGAGGAAGCAAUGUCGAUAUCCUGAAUGUUGAAUAACUUUCAUCCACAAACUUGCCUUAUUUUACCCUGAGGUAGACUGCAACACAUAAAGGACAGUCUUGUUAGGUAACAUUCCUUUGAAUGUCCCCUAGCAAAUGUGGGUAUAAAACCUUGCAGAUUUUUUGAUUUUGUCAUUUGUUUUUAGCAAAAAUACAAACUAGGUUAUGUCAGAAUUUCUACUAAGGAGAAAUCUUUCAGUUUGAGACAAACAGCUUGAAGAUUCUCUUUAGAGGUAAUAUAACAUAGGAAAUUGUGUUGUAGUUUUGAUGCCAUAUUUGUCUUAGAAAACCUAAGAAUUUGUAAUUUAUAGAUGAAUAUUGUGUGUCGUACAAACAAGCAAAAAAAAAGUAGUAAAAUGAAAUAAAAGAAGUUGCAGUCAUACAUAGAUUUCUCAUGUGCCCUUCUCUGAGUUUCCUCUUAAGAUAUUUUACAUAACAAAGGUAUGUUCUCGAGCAGAAA